AUGUCUCAGCAAAAGACCACCAAAGAGGCUCACGUCGACGUCCUCAUCAUUGGUGCUGGGCCCGCCGGCAUGGUGUGCGCGAAUGCGCUUGUCCAAGCCGGCGUGAACGUUCGCAUCGUCGAUCAACGACCCGAAGGCCUGAUAGCAGGCCAGGCUGAUGGUUGCCAGCCUCGUACACUCGAGGUUAUGCAAAGUUACGGUCUGGCGGAGAAGAUGUUCAAACGGGGAGAGCAUCUACACAAGUCGGUGUUCUACAAUCCCAGUCCCAAUGGCGGCAUAGAGAGAACGACACGCUCCGGGUCGAUCAAUGCUCCCAGCGCACGAUGGGAGUAUGGGGCAAGUGUUACUCUCCACCAAGGCGGCGUCGAGCAGAUUUUUGAGGAGGCCAUGAUAGAGAAAGGAGCUAGGGUGGAACGCUCGACCAUACCCACGGCGAUCGAGCUGUCGGAGAACGCAAACGAUUUGCAGGAUCCGAAUGCGUACACAGCAAAGGUUACGCUCGACCGUCUGGAUCGUAAAGAGGACAAUACGGAGAUUGUGCAUGCGAAGUUCGUUCUCGGCUCUGAUGGGGCCCACUCAUGGGUCCGUAGGAUGCUCGGUAUCAACAUGGAAGGCGACAGCACAGACUCCAUCUGGGGCGUGGUCGACAUGGUCCCUGACACGAAUUUUCCGGACAUCCGCGCACAGUCCUUCGUGCAUUCACACGAUGGCACACUCUUCAUCAUCCCACGGGAGCGCGACCAAGUUCGCCUGUAUGUCCAGCAAGGAGCGGACAGCGACGUCAUCGACCCCAUCACCGGGCGAGUAGAUAAGAACCGGACGAGCCCUAAGAAGAUACUAGCACAAGCACGCAAGAUCCUAAGCCCGUACCGGAUCGAAGUGAAGGAUGACAAGGUCCCCUGGUGGACUGUUUACGUCGUCGGACAGCGGGUUGCUGAGAAGUUUGCUAUCCGUGACCGCGCGUUCAUUGCCGGGGACGCAUGCCACACACAUUCGCCAAAGGCUGGUCAAGGGAUGAACGCAAGCAUGGCUGAUUCCCAUAACCUUGCUUGGAAGUUGACAUAUGUCCUGAGAGGCUGGUCCCCAAUCUUCCUUUUGAAGACGUACGAGUCAGAACGGCGAGCAUAUGCUCAGGCCCUGAUCAACUUCGAUAAGGGCUGGUCGAAGCUCUUCACCGCGAAGCCCCGCACUGAAGAGAACCAAGACGGGAUCACGCACGAACAGUUCCUCAACGCAUUCAAGACAUUCAGUGGAUUUACAUCUGGCAUAGCUAUCCACUAUGGGCCCUCGGUGAUAGUCGACGUCACAUACCAGACUCUCGCGAGCAACCUCGUUAUCGGCGAGCGAAUGCUCCCGCACAUCUUUAUUCGGGCAGCCAAUGCGCAGCCUGUUGAAAUUCAGGACUUACUCCCGGCGGACACUCGAUUCAAGAUCCUCGUCUUCGCUGGAAACCUCUCUAUCGACAAGGACAAGGUGAAGUUGCAGACGCUCGCAGCGGCGCUGGACAAGCCCGAGAACUUCUUGAAGCGAUAUGGGCGCGGAGAUGUGGAGAAAUGGGAGGUGUUCGAUGUGCUGUGCUUCAGCUCUGCGAAGCAGGAUCAGGUCGACUACCUUGAUUUCCCUGAGUUCUUCCGCCCCCACUACUCGAGGGUAUUCCUGGAUGACGAAGAUAUGCACGGACGCUCGGGAGGUGGUGGAUACGCCAAGUACGGCGUUGACCAGAGCGCGGGAGCGAUCGUAGUUGUGAGGCCGGAUGGAUAUGUUGGAACCAUUGCGUCUCUCGACGGCGUGGACUUCAUUAACACGUACUUUGCUGCGCUCUUGGUCUAG